GCCAAAGAAAAUGGAGACCUUCCAAAGAAAGUUGAAUAAUCUGGAAGCGCGAUUGAAAGCCGAGAAUGAGACCAAAAAACGCGAACGUCCCACCAUAGAUUUUGGACUAGGCGGUCAAAGAGAACGUAAACCAUUCCCAGAACUAAAUUUUACAAGGCCGUUGUCUGGACCAUCACAACCCAUUAGGCCAAAUAGAAGAAAAGAAUUCAUGUUACCUGGGACGUCACAUCACCAACCAAGAUCCAUAGAUAGUGCUGAAAUUGAUAGAAAAUUGCAAGAAAUAAUGAAACAGACUGGGAAACUUACAAUAAAUGGAAUGAAAUAUUCUGUUAGUGCAAAUGAUUUACAUGAUUUAGGUGAAAUUGGCACUGGUACUUGUGGACAUGUGGUCAAAAUGAAACACACUGAAACGAACUAUGUUAUAGCUGUUAAGCAAAUGAGACGGUCUGGAAAUAAAGAAGAAAACAAGAGAAUAUUAAUGGAUUUAGAUGUAGUUCUAAAAAGUCAUGAUUCACCAUUUAUAGUACAAUGUCUAGGAGCUAUAAUUACACCUAGUGAUGUGUGGAUAUGUAUGGAACUAAUGGCAACUUGUGUAGAGAAACUGAUGAGGAGGUUGAGUGGUCCUGUACCGGAAAGAAUAUUAGGAAAAAUGACAGUUGCUAUUGUGAAAGCACUUCAUUAUUUAAAAGAAACACAUGGUGUAAUACAUAGAGAUGUUAAGCCGUCCAAUAUACUACUAGAUGAAAAAGGAACUGUGAAACUAUGUGAUUUUGGUAUCAGUGGUAGACUAGUAGACUCAAAAGCUAAAACACGCAGUGCUGGUUGUGCAGCAUAUAUGGCACCUGAGAGAAUAGACCCCCCAGAUCCAGCCAAACCAGAUUAUGAUAUUAGAGCAGAUGUGUGGAGUUUAGGAGUAUCACUAGUUGAAAUGGCAACGGGGGAAUUUCCAUACACAAAUUGUAAGACAGAUUUUGAAGUAUUAACAAAAGUCCUUCAAGAAGAUCCACCAAGACUACCGAGUACUGGUUUCUCGAUGGAUUUUAAUGCUUUUGUUUCUUGGUGGGCAGGUUACCAUGAGGAAGAUGAGGUAGAUCUGAAAAGCCUUGAAAUAGUGAAUUCAUAUCGUAUCCAGUUUAUGUUCUACAAUAUACAGAAAGCUGUAGCCCACUGUUUUAAAGCUUGCAAUCCAGGUGACCUUGAUGUGCCACCAGAUACAACCCAUAAUUGGGUAGCAAUAGUUUUGGAGUUUUGGCUCUAUGGUGUCAAUGUCAUUAACGCCAUGACAUCGAUUGUUGAAACACCGCUGUGUAUUCGGGAGUCAAAGAAAGUUGUAAACAUUUGUAAGGAACUCAAACUUCAAUACUGUAUACAGAAGGAGGAGCAGGAGGAGGAGGAGGAGGAGGAAGAAGAAGAGGAAGAAGGGAGGAGAAUGGAGGAUGGAGAAGUAGAAGGAGAGCAAAGUGAGAUAAAUGUAGCAGCAAAGGAACUUGACAAACUGUCAAAGUACAAAGACUUACAGAUGGAAGUUGAAAGAAUGAGGCACUUAAAGACAAUGAUCGUACCCGUGGUAGUUGGAGCACUUGGUCUUGUCAACAAAAACACCCUAAAACAUUUUGAUAAAAUUCCUGGAAACCCAAGUCUGCAAGAGAUACAGAAAAUUGUUGAACCUGCUGAAAAAAGCAGACUUGGACUUUAUGCGUGUUGUUGUACCAGUGAUAGUUUGAUUGAGGAGAAUGCAGACAGAUUUGACAGUAUUGGCAAGAUGCGAGAUACAAAAGCAAAUUUGCAUAUCAAUAUAUUAGUAAAACCAGUUGCACAGCAGCAUCGGCGAGUGCCCUUCCAUGUACGUGAGCAAGUUGAAGCAGAGAUAAAUAAGCUAGAUCAGUUAGACAUAAUAGAGAAGGCAGAUGGAGCCACUCCGUGGGUAUCUCCCAUAGUAAUAGUACCUACAAAUACAGGUGUUGACAUAAGAGCUACCAAUCAACCUAUAGAAAGGGAGAGACAUCCCAUGCCAACAAUAGAAGACCUGAUUGUGGAUCUGAAUGGUGCUUGA